CAAAAAAAAUCAAAUUUACAAAAGUGCCAAAAAUGGGUUAAAGGAAAACACUAAAAAAAUAACGUUCAGUGAGGAAUACAACAAAAAAUCACUUGCCAAAUAUUAUUUUCCGAAAUGACGGAAUUUGACAUAACACCGCACAAAAGUCACGAGGUUCAUUUUCAUCCGGGAAUCUGUUGGUAAGGACCAUCGAAGGGAAGCGUGAGGAUCAAAACUAAGGGGCUGAAACCCCACUGUUAUACAAGUAUUCGUUUUGGAAAUCCUCAAACUAGUCACUUAAUUCAACAUGACAGACAAGGAUGAAAAGGGAGAUGAGGAGAAGAUGUACGGGGGAUGUGAAGGACCAGAUGCAAUGUAUGUCAAACUGGUGUCAUCUGAUGGUCAUGAGUUCUAUGUCAAAAGAGAUCAUGCACUGACAUCUGGAACAAUCAAAGCCAUGUUAAGUGGGCCAGGACAGUUUGCCGAAAAUGAAACAAAUGAAAUUAACUUUAGAGAAAUACCGUCACAUGUUUUGCAAAAGGUGUGCAUGUAUUUUACAUAUAAAGUGAGAUAUACCAACAGUUCAACAGAGAUUCCAGAGUUUCCUAUUGCUCCGGAAAUAGCGCUGGAACUUUUAAUGGCUGCUAAUUUCCUUGAUUGUUGAAAUGUAUUGUUUUUCUUUUUAUAUUGUGUUAUCCUAAAUAGUUUUUGUGGUUAAAUUAUAAAGUCUUAGAAAUGUUAACCAUCAUAUUAAGUUAUGCUUCGAAACUUGUGUAGCAGUCAGAAAAAUAAAUUGCAUAUCAUCAUAAACAGUGAAACACAGAUUGCUCUUUUUUUGCCAUAAAAAAUUAAAUAAUAAUAGCUUAUAACUUAGGUUAGAAAAACGGUCAGAUAAUUAUGUUUAAUUAACACAUUUUUAUAGAGGGGAAUUUAAAUGUGCCAAUAUUAUAUAAUUCUUUUAAAUUUUCUGUUUUAUGUAAAACGUUUAUUUGGAUGCUAAGGAAAUCUCAUAUCUUAUUGUUGUUUUCAUUGAUGUCUGCAAUACUCCUUUCUUGAACCUCUCAUAAUGAUACACAAAAGUUACAAUGAAUGUUUUAAUAAGAUUUGAGGUAUGCAUACAUGAAUGUGUGCAUGUGUAAAUUACUUAUUUAUUUACAUGUAAAUCAUCCCAUUUCAUGUGUAAUCUCUUGUGCUGUAUUUAUUCAGUCGCUACUACUUUUGUUAUUCAGUCGCUACUACUUUUGUGUCAAUUUAUGUCAAUAGUUUGAUUAAAGUAAUAUGCUGUAUACUUUCUGAAGAUUUAAUUUUAGUUUCCUACACAAUUUAUCUCUCAAUUUAUCUACACCAUUCACUUUAAAAUUCUUUUCCAAAUGUUUUAUACAUGUAUUACUAUAAAAAGUUAUAAGUUGUAGAAAACAAUUCCUGUCCAUGUGUAUUGCAUAAUUAAAUAAAUCUUUUUUUAAGUUA